GUGUGCACGUUGACAGCAAACGCGCCAACAAAGAAUAGUGUCAGUGAAAUAAAGAACCUAACAUUUUCCUGGAGAAUCUGUUAAUUUAGAUAGCUACACAGUUUACACUACGUUGUAUGCUGAGUCAGUCACGUAACAUGACAGAGGAAACAGCAGUUGCUUCAAGCUCAGGAAGCUCUGUCGAUGUGAUGGCGGAGGCAAAGAAGCUGAUCGGCGCUGGGAACAGGCACCUGGUGAUGGGAGAUGUCGUUUCUGCAGUCCAUGUGUUCCAGGAGGCUUGUGGCAUGCUGGCUGCGCGGUAUGGGGACACUGCAGAUGAGUGUGGAGAGGCCUUCUUCCUGUGUGGGAAGUCUCUACUGGAGCUUGCCAGGGUGGAGAACACUGUCCUUGGUAAUGCUCUUGAGGGAGUCCCUGAGGAGUCGUCUGAGGAGGAAGGAGAGGGAGAGACGCCGGACAACUCAAAGUUUGAGAGCGCUGACAACUUGGAAGAUGAUGACGACGAUGAUGAAGGGGAAGGCACUGCUGAAGACAAAGAGGAGGAAGUGGGUAACCUGCAGCUGGCUUGGGAAAUGCUGGAGGUCGCCAAGGUCAUCUACAAAAGAAAGGAGAACAAGGAGGACCAGUUGAUGGCUGCUCAGGCCUAUCUGAAGCUCGGAGAAGUUGGAGCAGAAUCUGGUAACUACCCUGCAGCUGUGGAGGACUUCCAGGACUGCCUGUCCCUGCAGCUGAAGCACUUGCCCCCCCACAGCCGCCUGGUGGCCGAGACCCACUACCAACUUGGCAUGACCUACUGCAUCACAGGCCAAUACAGCCAGGCCAUCCAGCACUACAGCAGCUCUGUCAAAGUCAUCGAGAGCCGCCUGGCCAUGCUCCAGGAGGUGAUAGACAAGGCGGAAGGUGAAGACGGAGCCAAAGAGAAGACCGAGCUGGAGGAGCUGAAGCAGCUGCUGCCUGACGUCGCUGAGAAGGUAGAGGAUGCCAAGGAGAGCCAGAGUAUGGCAGGAUCAGCCUCUGUGGCCAUACAGCAGACCCUGGCUGGAGCUUCUACUUUGUCAGCAUUCCCAUCCUCUUCCUCAUCAGCGUUUGCAGAAAGCGGUGGACCUUCAUCUUCCUGUUCAUCAGCAUUCGGAACCAGUCAGAUCCCUGUCAGAUCGGCAGCCGAUGGCGCAUCCUCCUCCAAAUCUGCAUCAGACAUUUCCCACCUGGUCAGGAAAAAGAGGAAAACUGAGGAGAGCCCCGUAAAGGACACUGAUGCUAAAAAGACCAAGCAGGAAACUACAGUUAAUGGCAGCGGCGAUUCCGGCUCUGGCAGCAAUGGAGUCCAGGAGAAAGGGGCACAGGAGCCCGGCAAGCUGUCCGCCUCUGUGGAAUCCUCGGUGUGAUGUAAGCUUCCUCUUCCUGAUCUUCCAGCCAGCAGAGCAGGCCUGCCCCUUAUGCCCAUUUACACUUUUGUUUCUGUAAAUAUGACAAUUUUUCACAUUUGUUUGUCUAGUUUUUGUAUACUUGUUGUAAUAAAAGUUCAUUAGAGUAUUUGCAAA